AUGGCGGCGGCCGAGAUUCAGAUAGUGAAUCCUUCAAAUUUAUCAAAAAUUGAAAGUUUUCUCAAUGAUCCGAGUUAUAAAGAGAUUAUUGAGAACUCUUCAACCUUCAAUUCGCGACUAUGUGCGGAAAGGAGGAUGCGUAUGCCAUUUAUCGACACACAGACUGGUGUCGCACAGAGCCACUGCAAUUUGUUCAUGACAAGAAGACAACGCAUGCCUGGCCAGAAAGAAGGACAAGUGUACACAUACCCCGCACAGAGAUGGCGCAAAGCCCGCCGCCAAUAUCUAACAAUGUCAUCUACGCGGUGGGGAUGGACGGGAGCCGCAGAUAAUCUUGACAAUACUGGAGAAGGAGAGAACAGUUCCGGAGUGCCAGGCGAUGCACUAGCUGGUGAGGACAGCAGAGACGGAUCACAGACUGCUGCUAAGGACGAUCCUAAGGAAUGGUUCUACGAUGAACUAGCAAUGGAAGAAAUGGAAACCGGUGAGGAACCGGAAGCGGAAUCGGAUGAGGACUACUAUGAUGACACAUACGCGAACAGGCGCAAGAGACGUGGUGGGGCUACACCGACGGGUCCUGGUUCCCGGGGUGGACGCACGAGGAAGUCACAACCUGAUGAUACACCCGCCAAACGGGGGAGAGCUGGUCGCGGGCGAGGCAAGCGCGCACAAGGUACUCUUCCCUACGAGGUGCCCGGCGACAGUGAAAAACCCUACGGCUGUGAACUUUGCGGGGCCAAAUACAAGACGCGGCCUGGUUUGACGUACCACUUCACUCACACGCACAAGGAGCCGGCGGGAGGGUCAGGCGGGGCUGGUGCCAGUGACGGGGACUCUAGAGACUCCAGGCCUGGGGCCCAUACUCCCCCUGCCCACCAAGUGCCCCCCCUCCAACCCGCGACAGAGUACCAAGACAGCUACGUCACCUUCCUCAAUAACCCUGCUGUGGGCACUGCAGCCAGCCAGCAGGAGACGCCUGCUCGGCGCCCGACCCCACCACCAGAGGCGGGUGUCCCAACGCCACCAGUACGCCGUGCGUCUCCUCCGCCUCGACCAGCGUCAGCAGACACUUCAAGUUCGGACUCGGCACAUGUUCCACUGUCUGCGGCCCUGCAUAGUGCUACACCAGCAUCAGCACCUUCGGCAUCUGCUGCAUCAGAGGCUAAGGAGCCUGGAGAGGGUAAAAAGGAUGUGACACCAUCACCAUACUGCGACUUCUGUCUCGGCGAUGAUAAUGAAAACAAGAAGACGGGCACUCCAGAAAAGUUAGUCAGCUGCGCCGACUGCGGCAGAUCAGGUAAGAGGCGCGGCCGACCUCCGCGCAACGGUCUCCCAAAACCUUCGUGCUAUCAUCUUGAAAACCGCGUCUGUGAACGUCAUCGGUACCUUCGAGACAGUAUCAAGCUCAAUGGCGUAGUAGAAAUACAUAGUUCCAUGUCCUACUCAGCGGAUGAUUUUGACAACUUCGCUACCCAAACUAAACUUCUCCAUGACGACUACGGUCAGUACCCUGUCUCUCCCCCUUCCCGUCAAAGCCCAACCUACGAAUGUGAUCUCUACGUCACCGGUUCGAAUAAUAUCUAA